UAACAGGGUCCCUGCGCGUCCCCGGAGGUGCCUGUCGCCCCUCGGCUUCACCUGAGCGGCUGCUCUGAGCGUCCCUCCGGUCUCCGCGCCUCGGCCCAGCGGGGCGCAGGCAGUUCCUGUUCUGCGAAGCUUUCCUGUGGGACCCAAGCUGCCGGCACCUCUGGCCCGGGACAGCCAUGCCGCGUAGCCCCACCUCCAGCGAGGACGAGAUGGCCCAGAGCUUCUCCGACUGCUCCGUGGGCUCAGAGUCCGACAGCUCCAGGGAGGAGACCGUCUACGACACCAUCCGGGCCACGGCGGAGAGGCCCGGCGCCCCCAGGACGGAGGAGGCCGAGGGCAACACGCUGGUGAUCCGCAUCCUCAUCCAGGACCUGCAGCAGACGAAGUGCAUUCGCUUUAACCCGGACGCCACCGUGUGGGUCGCGAAGCAGCGGAUCCUGUGCUCCCUGAACCAGAGCCUGAAGGACGUGCUGAACUACGGGCUGUUCCAGCCGGCCAGCAACGGGCGCGACGGGAAGUUCCUGGACGAGGAGCGGCUGCUGCGCGAGUACCCGCAGCCCGUGGGCACGGGCGUGCCCUCCCUGGAGUUUCGAUACAAGAAGCGGGUGUACAAGCAAUCCAACCUGGACGAGAAGCAGUUGGCCAAGCUGCACACCAAGACCAAUCUGAAGAAGUUCAUGGACCACGUUCAGCACCGCUCGGUGGAGAAGACGAGCAAGAUGCUGGCAAGAGGCUUGGACCCGAAUCUCCACGACCCGGACACGGGAGGUGGGUCCGGGUGGGGCCCUCGGCGCGCCUCGCUGGAGGAGCUUCUGUCGGAAAGUGAGGGGACGGAGUGGGCGUCCGAGGGCGUCCGCGUGGCUGACGGUCACUCCGGCCAGCUGGAGCCUGCGGCUGCUCCGGGGCCGCCCUCGGGUUCGUGCCCCCGCGAGGUGUGCGCGCCUCUCCUCCGUAGCGUUCCGCGCGGGGCCCACUUCCCUCCGGCGCUGACGCGACCCGUCACCGCAGCCGAAGGCUUGGCCGCCUCCGGUCCUGCCAGCUGUGGGAAGCACUGCUGCGAGAAGCAGCUGCUCUGGUUGAGGGACGGGGAAGGUGGGCCCCCGGCCGGGGACACUUGGCUCUGGGCCCAGCGGGAUGACGGCACCCCCGGGGCGGGCACCCUGGCACACUGUCCCCCGUCCUGGCGGCUGCAGGUGCUCAUCGGCAAAGCUCUUCAGCACCUGGCCUUGGCGAGGCCCCUGGGCAGGCCGGGCGGAGGGAUCCCCGGAAGGGCGCGGGGCCAGCGGCUGGGGAGCGGCUGUGCCCCCUCCAGGGUGCGAGGCCCAGGGACAGACUUCAAACACACAGCCGGAGACCCCAGAACUCCAAGGGCCCUGCCGUCUGGCCCCUCCCAGGGCAAGUCAAUCCCGGCACUGAAGGACACGCCCACAGGAACCACGGUGAAGGCCCUCGGCUCCCCGCCCCAGCCCGGCGCAUCGCGUGUGGCGCACUUGCCCCUCGGCUCGGGAGCUGUGACACCAUCUUUCCAACGGCAGCUGGCUCGCAGCCGCGGGGCCGGAGAGGGAGCCGGGCAGGAUGAGCACAGAGACUCGCACUGGCUCCUUCCCACGGGCCCAGGGCGCGGCCCCGCUCACACGGCCGCCGGGACUGACGCCUCCCCAGCUGGCAGAACCCCAACCUCACCGGGCCAGGUGGGACAGGGGGGACUUGUGCCCGGCGCACGGAAAUCGGGCGUCAUGCUGGGCCGCCUGUACCGGGAACGGGGUGUCCCGCCAGAGUGCCUGUACCAGGAACGGGGUGUCCCACUGGGCCGCCUGUACCGGGAACGGGGUGUCCCACUGGGCCGCCUGUACCGGGAACGGGGUGUCCCACUGGGCCGCCUGUACCGGGAACGGGGUGUCACACGGGCCGCCUGUACCGGGAACGGGGUGUCGCACGGGCCGCCUGGCCGUCAUCCCGUCUCUGGCGCGGAAGUCCAGGUGAGCCCCGCCAUUUCUGAGAGCUUUGAUCAGCUCUGUGGGAUCGUCCAGCUGCGCGGCGAAGCUGACAACAUCCACGUCCUCCUGUACCAGGACGUCGCCUCUGAGAGGGGUGGUGGCACAUGGUACACGGGCAAGGAGAACGGUGCACCCCCUUCAUGGCUGCGUGGGGCCCUCUGGGCCACGGACAGCACCCAGAGCACCCUCUUCAACCUAGAAACGGCCCGGCAGCAUUUUGGCUCCAGAAACGACCGGCUGUGCUUCGAAAGGCACCCAGGGGAAGGUCUGCGGGUUGACAAGUGGGAGCGGGCCACGGGCCGGAGCAUGCAUAUCCCGCUGGAAGCAACACCCAGCCCUGCUCCCGGAAGGCUGCGCCUGAGCCCGCUGCCGCGCCGGCACGGAGGGCGUAAGAGCAGGACCCGCACCUCCCGGGGCCUCAAUUUUUGGGGGUCUUCGAGGCUCCGGAAAGUUCUGUCCUCGUCCCCCGUUCACCGGCUGGUAUUUCUCGCCUGUGUCGAGGAGGAUCACCGAUCACUGUCCCGGCUGCCGACAGGGGUGUCGGCUCCCAUCCUGCAGGGGGAGCUGAUGAGCCGGGGCCCCUUUGAUGCCGUGCACGGGGCAGCUCCCCAGUCCGCCCAGUUAUCCAGGAUGCGCGACAUUGCCCCCUCUCACGGGGACCGUGGCUCUCGUGCCUUCGAUGCUGCCCAUCGACGGCCACAUGCUGGCCUUUCCGCGGCCUGCAGGUACGGCCACGUGCAGCACCUGGAGCACCUGCUGUUCUACGGGGCGGACAUGGCGGCCCAGAACGCCUCUGGGAACACGGCGCUGCACGUCUGUGCCCUCUACAACCAGGCCAGCUGUGCCCGCGUGCUGCUGUUCCGAGGCGGGAACAAGGAGCUGAAGAACUUCAACAACCAGACUCCGUUCCAGGUGGCGAUCAUUGCGGGCAACUUCGAGCUGGCGGAGUACAUCAGGAACCACAAGGAGACGGACGUGGUGCCCUUCCGAGAGGCCCCGGUGUACUCCAACCGGCGGCGGCGGCCCCCAACCACGCUGGCCGCCCCCCGGGUCCUGCUGCGCUCCAACAGUGACAACAACCUCAACGCCAGUGCGCCCGACUGGGCCGUGUGCCCCGCCGCCUCCCACCGCAGCCUCUCGCCGCAGCUGCUGCAGCAGACGCCCGGCAAGCCCGAGGGGGCCGCCCGGACCCUGGGCAGCUACGUCCCCGGGCCCUACAGCAGGUCACCGUCACUCAGCAGGCUGGGCGGCGCCGUCGAGGAUGGCAAGAGGCCCCAGCAGCCCUGGCAUGUCGGGCCGGCGUUCCCGCCCGGAGCCAGCAGGGACACGCUGCCCGCCUUCCAGUACCCGGAGCCCAAGCGGAAGCUGUACAGCGCGGUGCCCGGGAGGCUCUUCGUGGUCGUCAAGCCGUACCACCCCCAGGUCGACGGCGAGAUCCCCCUCCACCGCGGCGACAGGGUCAAAGUGCUGAGCAUCGGAGAAGGCGGCUUCUGGGAAGGCAGCGCCCGCGGCCACAUCGGGUGGUUCCCGGCCGAGUGCGUGGAGGAGGUGCAGUGCAGGCCCAAGGACAGCCAGGCAGAGACCCGGGCAGACCGCAGCAAGAAGCUCUUCCGGCACUAUACCGUCGGUUCCUACGACAGCUUCGACACCGCCAGCGACUGCGUUAUCGAGGAGAAGACGGUGGUCCUGCAGAAAAAAGACAAUGAAGGCUUUGGAUUUGUGCUCCGAGGGGCGAAAGCGGAUACGCCCAUCGAGGAAUUCACGCCGACGCCCGCGUUCCCGGCUCUGCAGUACCUGGAGUCUGUGGACGAAGGCGGGGUGGCCUGGCAGGCCGGCCUGAGGACCGGGGACUUCCUGAUCGAGGUUAACAAGGAGAACGUCGUGAAGGUGGGCCACCGGCAGGUGGUGAGCAUGAUCCGCCAGGGAGGGAACCACCUCAUCCUCAAGGUGGUCACGGUGACCAGGAAUCUCGACCCGGACGACACGGCCAGGAAGAAAGCUCCCCCGCCUCCCAAGCGUGCUCCGACCACGGCCCUCACCCUGCGUUCCAAGUCCAUGACCUCGGAGCUGGAGGAGCUCGUGGAUAAAGCCUCCAUCCGGAAGAAGAAGGACAAAGCCGAUGAGAUCAUGCCGGCUGCCAAGCCGUCCCGCCAAGCCGAUAACGUGGCCGUGGAGUCCAGGGUGGCCACCAUCAAGCAGCGGCCCACCAGCCGGUGCUUCCCGUCCGUCUCCGACAUGAACUCCGUGUACGAACGACAGGGGAUCGCCGUCAUGACGCCCACCGUUCCCGGGAGCCCAAAGGGCCCGUUCCUGGGCCUCCCCAGAGGUACGAUGCGAAGGCAGAAAUCAAUAGACAGCAGAAUCUUUCUAUCAGGAAUAACGGAGGAAGAGCGGCAAUUCCUGGCCCCUCCGAUGCUGAAGUUCACCAGAAGCCUGUCCAUGCCGGACACCUCGGAGGACAUCCCUCCCCCGCCGCAGUCCGUGCCCCCGUCCCCACCGCCCCCUUCCCCCACCGCCUACAACUGCCCCAAGUCCCCGACCCCAAGAGUCUAUGGGACCAUCAAGCCGGCGUUCAACCAGAACGCCGCCACCAAGGUGCCCCCCGCGGCCCGCUCGGACACGGUGGCCACGGUGAUGCGGGACAAGGGCCUGCACUACAGGAGGGAGCUGGACCGUUACUCCCUGGACUCCGAGGACCUGUACAGCCGCAGCGCCGCUGCCCAGGCCAACUUCCGCAGCAAGAGGGGCCAGAUGCCCGAGAACCCAUACUCGGAGGUGGGCAGGGUGGCCAGCAAAGCCGUGUACGUGCCCGCCAAGCCCGCGCGGCGGAAGGGCAUGCUGGUGAAGCAGUCCAACGUGGAGGACAGCCCUGAGAAGACGUGCUCCAUCCCCAUCCCCACCAUCAUCGUCAAGGAGCCCUCCACCAGCAGCAGCGGCAAGAGCAGCCAGGGCAGCAGCACCGAGAUCGAGCCCCAGGCAUCCGAGCAGCCGGGCCAGCUGCGGCCCGACGACAGCCUGACCGUCAGCAGCCCCUUCGCCGCUGCCAUCGCCGGGGCCGUCCGUGACCGGGAGAAGCGGCUAGAAGCCAGGCGGAACUCCCCGGCCUUCCUGUCCACAGACCUGGGGGACGAGGACGUGGGUCUGGGGCCGCCUGCACCCCGUGUGCGCUCCUCCAACUUCCCCGAGGAGGCCGACUUUGGCGAGGAGGGUGGCGCCGAGCCACUGUCGUUGCCCAUGCCGGUGCCGGUGCCGGUGCCGGUGCCGGUGCCGGUGCCGGUGCCGGCACCCAGGGAGCCUGAGAACCACUUCGUGGGUGGAGGCGAGGCUACAGCUCAGGGGGAGGCCGGCAGGCCGCUCAAUUCCACACCCAAAGCCAAGGGCCCCGACAGCAGCCCUGCGGUGCCCCCCAAGAGCAGUGGCACGCCCGGCCCCGAGAGUUACGUCCACCCGCUCACGGGGAGGCUGCUGGACCCCAGCUCCCCACUGGCCCUGGCGCUCUCUGCAAGGGACCGAGCCAUGAAGGAGUCCCAGCAGGGCCCCAAGGGGGAGGCCCCCAAGGCCGACCUCCACAAACCUCUCUACAUCGAUACCAAAAUGCGGCCCAGUGUGGAAGCAGGCUUCCCUACCGUCACCAGGCAGAACACGCGGGGGCCCCUGAGGCGGCAGGAGACGGAGAACAAGUACGAGACGGAGCUGGGCAAGGACCGGAAGGGUGAGGACAAGAAGAACAUGCUCAUCAACAUCGUGGACACAUCUCAGCAGAGGUCGGCCGGUCUGCUCAUGGUCCACACCGUGGACGCGGCCAAGGCUGACCACCUGCUGGAGGAAGAGGAAGAGAGAGCCGACAUGGAGGCCCAGCCAGGCGACUCGCUGUCCGAGGUGCCAGAAGGCGCUCCCGAAACCGAAGGUGCUUUACAGAUCUCCGCCAGCCCCGAGCCCGCCGCCGCUGCCGCCGCCGCAGCCGCGCCCGGCAGGACCAUCGUGGCCGCGGGCUCCGUGGAAGAGGCGGUGAUCUUGCCAUUCCGCAUCCCUCCUCCCCCUCUGGCAUCCGUGGAUUUGGAUGAGGAUUUUAUUUUUACAGAGCCAUUGCCUCCCCCCCUGGAAUUUGCAAAUAGUUUUGAUAUCCCCGAUGACCGCAUCGCUUCCGUCCCCGCUCUCACGGACUUGGUCAAGCAGAAGAAACACGACCCCUCCCAGCCCCCUCCGUUGAACCCCAGCCAACCAGCCAACUGUGCAGACAGUAAGAAGCCGGCUGGCCUCUCCAACUGCCUGCCGGCCCCGUUCCUGCCGCCCCCCGAGAACUUUGACGCGGUCACGGACUCUGGGAUCGAGGAGGUGGACAGCCGCAGCAGCAGCGACCACCACCUCGAGACGACCAGCACCAUCUCCACGGUGUCCAGCAUGUCCACCCUGUCCUCCGAGGGCGGGGACAACGUGGACACCUGCACAGUCUAUGCAGACGGGCAAGCGUUUACGGUGGACAAGCCCCCGGUACCUCCAAAGCCAAAAGUGAAGCCCAUCAUUCCCAAAAGCAAUGCACUUUAUCAGGACGCACUAGUGGAAGAAGACGUGGACACCUUUGUCAUCCCUCCCCCUGCGCCCCCGCCGCCACCAGGCAGCGCCCAGCCUGGGGCCAUGAAGGUGACGCCGCCAAGGACCUCCAAGUUGUGGGGUGACGUCUCAGAGGUCAGAAGCCCGAUUCGCUCAGGCCCAAAGGCAAACGUGAUCAGUGAAUUGAACUCAAUCCUGCAGCAAAUGAACCGAGAGAAAUCGGCAAAGCCAGGGGAAGGCCUGGAUUCACCCACGGGAACCAAGGCCGCCAGCCUCGCUCCCAGAAGCCCAGAGGUCAUGAGCACCGUCUCAGGUACGCGGAGCACGACGGUCACCUUCACUGUUCGCCCAGGGACCUCGCAGCCCAUCACCCUGCAGAGCCGGCCCGCGGACUUUGAGAGCAGGACGUCAGGAGCGAGACGCGCCCCGAGCCCUGUGGUCUCGCCAACAGAGAUGAGCAAAGAGAUGCUGCCCGCCCCUCUCUCCGCUGCCGCCGCCAUCCCUUCCCCCACGCUCUCAGAGGUCUUUAGCCUUCCGAGCCAGCCCCCGUCCGGGGACCUGUUUGGCUUGAACCCGGCGGGACGCAGCAGGUCGCCCUCCCCCUCCAUACUGCAACAGCCAAUCUCAAAUAAGCCUUUUACGACUAAGCCCGUGCACCUGUGGACUAAACCAGACGUGGCGGACUGGCUGGAAAGUCUCAACUUGGGUGAGCAUAAAGAGACCUUCAUGGACAAUGAGAUUGACGGCAGUCACCUACCAAACCUCCAGAAGGAAGACCUAAUCGACCUUGGGGUGACUCGGGUCGGGCACAGAAUGAACAUAGAAAGGGCUUUGAAACAGCUGCUGGACAGAUAAGGGUGGCUGCUCUUUACCCUCACAGACUCCUUGUUAUAAGUAGAGAUGGGCUUCUACUGAACCGUUCGGGCGGCCAAGCGCGGUCUGUGAGCACCAACCCCAUUCCACGGGUCUGUCUCCUGGUACCCAAAGAAAUGCCGAGUGUGUCCGGGUGUGGCUGAGCGAAAGCCUGGCGGCUCCCCCACCCUCCACGUGGGCUCCACGGGCUGUUUUCUGGGCAGCGGGGGACAAGGGGGGAGUCCUGCCACCACGGAGAGAGUCCCGGCCUGCCUCGCGGCACGCAGGCGACCUCACUUUGCCAGGUCCCAGGGAUGCCCCCGCCCGUGCCGCCGGGGCCCCGCUCCCGCAGGCAGACACCGGCACUCCAGAUACCUCCUGAGGCCUCCCUCCUCCGCUUCCCGGCAGCUCCCACCGCCCUGGCCCGCCUCGGCCCACGGCCUCCGGGAGCACUCUCCGUGCUCACUUGCUCCCUUCUUUCCUGUACUUUGCUUGCGGUCAGCCACCCCAGGCCUGUCUGUCUGGUGCCCCUCAUUGGGCCCGAAAGGUAGAGAAUCUGUUUUUUUUUUUUCCUUUGGAUUCUUUACCCCACCUCCUCCUGCGGUGUGUAUCCGUGGUUUUGGCCAGGAAGUUCUUGGCCAUAGUGGGGAGUCUGAUGGGAUCGUGCCCAGCUUUGCUUAGCUUUCUUUCUUUAUUUCUGCAAAUCUAUUAGCAUAAUU